AUGACCAACAUUCGUAAAACGCACCCCCUACUAAAAAUUGUUAACCACUCUCUAAUCGACCUUCCCGCCCCCUCAAACAUCUCUGCCUGAUGAAACUUCGGCUCUCUAUUGGGAUUAUGCCUAAUAAUCCAGAUCCUAACUGGCUUAUUUCUAGCCAUACACUACACAUCAGACACAGCUACAGCAUUCUCCUCAGUUACACAUAUUUGCCGAGAUGUAAACUACGGCUGACUCAUUCGUUACUUACACGCUAAUGGAGCAUCAAUAUUCUUUAUUUGCUUAUAUAUACAUGUAGGCCGUGGAAUCUACUACGGCUCAUAUACUUACCUAGAAACCUGAAACAUUGGCAUUAUUCUACUAUUCGCAGUAAUGGCUACAGCAUUCAUAGGCUACGUCCUCCCAUGAGGACAAAUAUCAUUCUGAGGGGCUACCGUAAUUACUAAUCUUCUAUCAGCCAUUCCUUAUAUCGGAACAACCCUAGUUGAAUGAAUCUGAGGAGGAUUUUCAGUCGAUAAAGCCACACUUACCCGAUUUUUCGCUUUUCACUUUAUCCUCCCAUUUAUUAUUGCAGCUCUAGUGAUAAUUCACUUACUUUUCCUCCAUGAAACUGGCUCCAAUAACCCAUCAGGCAUCCCAUCAAACUCUGAUAAAAUUCCAUUCCACCCCUACUACACAAUUAAAGACGCGCUAGGAUUUCUUAUACUCAUUCUCCUGCUCAUACUCCUAGUCUUAUUCUCCCCUGAUCUUCUCGGGGACCCAGACAAUUAUACCCCUGCCAACCCCCUCAACACUCCUCCUCACAUCAAACCUGAGUGAUAUUUCCUAUUUGCCUACGCCAUCCUACGUUCCAUCCCUAAUAAACUAGGUGGUGUUCUAGCCCUAGUUAUAUCAAUUCUUAUCCUAGCAAUUAUCCCCUUCCUUCAUAUAUCCAAACAACGUAGCAUAAUAUUCCGCCCCAUUAGCCAAGUCCUUUUCUGAAUCCUUGUCGCAGACCUUCUUACACUCACAUGAAUUGGAGGACAACCAGUUGAACACCCCUUUAUCACUAUUGGUCAAGUAGCAUCUAUCCUAUACUUCUCCAUCAUCCUUAUCCUCAUACCUCUCGCAAGCCUAGUCGAGAAUAAAAUCCUCAAAUGAAGG